AUGGCUAAUUCUCAAUACGAAGUGGUGAAACAGUUUGAAAGAGAAAACUAUCUCCUACAGGAUACCCACAUCGUUAUCAGGGUAGAUGGCAGGGGAUUCCAUCGAUUCACCAAAAAUUAUGAUUUCAGCAAACCUAAUGAUGAAAGAGCUUUGAAACUCAUGAAUAAGGCCGCCCAUUGUGUUAUGGAAAGUAUCCCGGACACCGUGUUGGCGUAUGGUGAUUCCGAUGAAUAUUCUUUUCUCCUAAGGAAGGAUACCGACCUAUUUGAAAGAAGAGAGGCAAAGUUGGUUUCGACUUUUGUUAGCUCCUUCACAAGCUACUAUAUUUUCUAUUGGAAUGACUAUUUUGUUGACAAGAAAUUGAAUUUGGAUGAUGGAUUGCCAACAUUUGAUGGUAGAGCAGUUCUUUACCCAAACAUCAAGAGAAUACGACAAUACUUUAGCUGGAGACAAGUAGACUGUCAUAUCAAUAAUUUGUAUAAUACAACCUUUUGGACAUUAGUGAUUAAAGGGGGGUUAACUCCGCAGGAUGCUGAAAACAAGUUGAUGGGGACAUUUGCUAAAGACAAGAAUGAAAUACUAUUUUCGGAAUUCGGAAUAAAUUAUAAUAAUGAGCCGGAGAUAUUCAAAAAGGGGACAGUAAUUGUUAGAGAAUCAAAUGAAGUUGAGAAUGUAUCAGAUGCGCUAAAUAGAACGUCCUUAGAAGAACAGAAUACUGGUGCGGUUGAUGCUCCGUUGAGUCUUAGACAAAAGGAGAGGAGAGCUAAAAAAAGAAGAAAGAUGAAAAUCCAGGAGCAUCAUGCUGAUAUAAUUGGGGAUACUUUCUGGCACGAGAGAUCAUAUUUAUUUGAAUGA